UCAUUAUUUUGCAAUAAAUAAAAAUGCAUUCAAUAUAUCUAUAAUUAACUUAAUCUAUAUCUGUUCUUAUAAUAAUUGCCAUUAAAAUUAUUUAAAAUAAAAACAAUAAAAUAAAUUAUUACAAAUAUUUAAGAUAAUUCACGCACUGAAAAAAAGAAGUUUUCAUAUCCUGAAGCUGUCGUUGCAGUGGAAAGAUCGCGAUUGCGAGAUCAGGCGGCUCCUUUGUUUCGCGCACAAAUUUCGGGAGUUCUCACUCUGUCCAAGGAACUCUCGCAAAAUUUCGGAAAUUCCUAUCCUUUCCGCAAACGGAAAUCCGUAGCGAUUCACGAACCAAAGCUAUGCAAGAACGCACGUGAUCUUCGUGAUUGAUCGCGAUCGGUUGCGUGAUUGGUCGCGAUCGCCAAUUCCUACGAAAAAGGAAGAGGAGAGUUUUUACAUGGAUCCGAAACGACAGAAAGUGUCUUCGCGAAACGCGCGAGGAUGCAAACCAAAUGUGCGAUACACGUUGGAUACGAUGCCGCCGGAAGUUCUCGGCAUCAUCCUGAGGAUGCUGUCAUUGCACGACGUCGCUUGCACGGUUCGUCUGAUCUCCAGACGUUACUUCGAUGUCGCCGCAACUAUAUUAAACAGCGAGUUUUUGAUAGCCGGCACGAGGCUGGAGAUCGCGAUGAAACGUACAGAGAGCCUCAUGAACGGCGUGAAGACCGAUGUUGAGUUGCUCGAGUACAGCAGCAUCUUCAACGCGCUGGAACUCAUUCGCUCCCAGUAUCAGAUGCUGAGAGCGGUCACUUGGCGAUAUACGCAUCCAAGAUUGCGCGAUUCACCUACCACGUGCUUCUACGGCGGAAAGGUCCUCGACAAUCUCAACUGCUUGCUGCAGACAAUUCUUGAUCCCGGUCAAGUGCCCACGAACGCCUUCAACUACGUCGAUCUGCAGAUCUUUACGCGCAGCUGCGAAAACUUCAUGGAUCAUUUCGAGAAGAUCACCGAGCGUAGGAUAAACAGAUCCGCUCUAAUCUCGGGUUGCAAGAUCGUCGACGUCCUAGACUGUCUUGGAGAAGGUCGACAACUGUUGAGCUUGAGGACUUCGUCAAGGACAGGAAACCCCAUGGUCAGCAUGCAGCUCAAGUACGUCCUGAGACACGCGUGGUUCACGUGUCUUCGGGUGCCCAACACGAAUAAUGAAUACUGCUGGCGAGACAGGCAGCGUUACAUGUACUUUAGACUACGUCGACUGGUCAGCAGCUUCAACAAGCAUCUGUUCCACAAGCUGCAUUACGAGCGCAAGCUCGUUCUCCGAACGGCAUCAUCGGUGACGUCCCGGAAACCGCCACCGGCUUCUACGUACUCGGGAUAUGGCGAAUACGGCGGCCAGUUCUUCUAUUACGGUAACAUGAGCAAGUAUGCCUACGAGAAUAAAUUCAAGUACGCGAGAUCCGGUAACGCGCAGAACACCGGCGGAGAGCUCCAGGAAGGGACUAACAAGCCGCAUCGCUUCGACCUGGUCAUCGGAGUUCAAUUGAGAUGUUCGCCAGAAUUGGCUCCGCUAUCAAUAAGGACGAGUCUAAAGAUCGACGAUCUGGAGGACCGCCGUCAGAACUCGCGUCAGGAAUUCUAUCUGAAGCUAAGCACGAGGUGCAUAGCUUCCAAAGCUAACAGAUUGCCGAGCGUCUUUACCUGGGAGGUGCGCGGUCCUCGAAUAAAGAACUCGCAGUGUUGUUGAAUCGCGCGUAUAUAUGCACUCUUAUAUACAGGAUAUCUCACAAGAAAUUGCUGAAACUAAUCAGC